CUCUCUGCCGGUAGUGGGUGUCCUCACAGAGCCGCUCAGCUCAGCGGGGCUCCGCCACACAGCAGAUGCGGAGCCGGGAUGAGGUGCUGCGUGUCGCUGCCUUUUGUGCGGCUUCGGUGCUUCGAGUUGAGAUGCAAUUUCCAGCCGAAAAACCCAAAACAAAACAAACUGCGUUCACAAAGAGGAAUCAAGUUACACUCCGGCUGUGAAUGAGCGCGCAAACUGCGGACAGAUGAGAGUCGGGAGAAAGUGAAUUCAGAGCAUCGGGAGGCACUUUUGUUGGAAUCGCUCGGCUCUGAUUUGCUGCUGCUGGUCGGCUCUUUGUGCUGCGGGUUGCAGCUUUUCCCUUUUUGGGUAGAAAGGCCUCCAAGAUAGAUUCCCUCAGGAGUAAAGUGGACUUGCUGCGCCUCCCUCUGGCCCUCUCCUCCAAGUCCAUCAGCAAUCAUAAGAGCCAGCUGGGCGUGGUCUGGGAGAAAGGCGGCGGCUCGGGGGUAGGUGGGACCCGGAAACCCCGCCCACCGCCAGCCUUUGACAUGGACAACGAGUCGACGUACUCGGGCUACUCCUACAAGUCGUCCCACUCACGAAGCUCCCGUAAACACAGGGAGAGGAGGGACAGGCAUCGCUCGAAGAGUCGCGACAUCAGCAACCGUGGAGACAAAUCAGUGACCAUCCAGGCGCCUGGAGAGCCACUGCUGGACGCAGAGUCCACCAGAGGAGACGACAGGGAUGACAACUGGGGCGAGACCACCACCGUGGUCACUGGCACCUCUGUGGACAGCAUCUCCAACGAGGACCUGACACGGAUCUCUAAGGACCUUGAGGAGUCUUCGCCACUGGAGUGCCGCCGUUACUUCGGCCCAGCGUUGGGCGCUGUCCUGGGGUUCUUUGCUCUGGUUACUCCUCUGGCCUUCUUGGCCCUCCCACAGCUCCUGUGGCGAGAUACGCUAGAACCUUGCGGCACACCAUGUGAGGGCCUUUACAUUUCUCUGGCCUUCAAGCUCCUGAUCCUCCUCAUCUCCACCUGGGCGCUGUUUCUCCGCCCGCCCAGAGCCACUCUGCCACGCUUCUUCAUAUUCCGCUGUCUGCUUCUAGCGUUGGUCUUCCUCUUCGUGGCGUCUUAUUGGCUCUUCUACGGGGUGCGGGUGCUGGAGCCCAGGGAGACGGACUACAGGGGGAUUGUGGGAUAUGCAGCAUCUCUGGUGGACGCGCUGCUGUUCAUUCAGUACCUGGCCCUGGUGCUGCUGGAGGUCAGACAUCUGCAGCCUGCUUUCUGUCUGAAGGUUGUGAGGACCACAGAUGGAGCCAGUCGCUUCUACAACGUGGGUUAUCUCAGUAUUCAGCGGGCAGCAGUGUGGGUUCUGGACCAGUACUACAGUGACUUCCCAGUCUAUAACCCCGCCCUGCUCAACCUGCCCAAGUCCAUCCUCUCCAAGAAGAUAUCUGCCUUCAAGGUCUACAACCUGGGGGAAGAGAACAGCACCAAUAACUCUACAGGGCAGUCCAGAACCAUGAUCGCAGCCGCUGCUCGGAGAAGAGACAACUCCCACAACGAGUACUACUACGAGGAGGCAGAGGUGGAGCGGAGGGUCCGCAAACGCAAGGCCAGACUGGUGGUGGCAGUAGAAGAAGCCUUCACCCACAUCAAGCGCCACCAGGACGAAGAGGCGACCGCGUCCUCCCCUAAACACCCGCGGGAGGUAAUGGACCCCAGGGAGGCGGCCCAAGCCAUCUUUGCCCCCAUGGCGCGGGCCAUGCAGAAGUACCUCCGCGCCACCAGGCAGCAGUCCUACCAUAGCAUGGAGAGCAUCAUCAACCACCUGCAGUUCUGCAUCACGCACAACAUGACCCCCAAGGCUUUCCUUGAGCGUUACCUCAGCCCAGGUCCCACCCUCCAGUACCUGGACACCAGCAGAGGGCGCCAGUGGACACUAGUGAGUGAGGAGCCGGUGACUGCUGCUCUGCGUCAAGGCCAGGUCUUCUCCCUGAGACGCCUUGACUUUUCCUUGGUCAUCACGGUGACGCCCCUCCCCUUCCUGCGUCUGGGCGAGGAGUUCAUCGACCCCAAAAGUCACAAGUUUGUCAUGAAGCUCCAGUCAGAGACGUCCGUGUAGGAGGAGGGAGAGGAAUAAAGGACAGAAGAAAGGAGGAGGAUGAUAAUUCAAAGAUACUAAUCUUAGUGCUUUAUGGGUAUCUUUUUAUACCUUUUGGUAUUACGUAGUUAUUUUUCAUGAUUUUUAUUUGUUGAUAAGCAUGACACCCAAAUGAUAUGGCUAAAAUAUCAUGAACCUAUAGAAAAGACAAUGCAAGGCAUUUUGUUCCUCUUUUUGUUUCUUGUGAACAGACAUAAAUUCAGACAGCUGCCUCGAAGUGCUGACUGACUUCUGAAAAUUCAAUGCAGACCGCUUCCAGUUCUGAGAAAAGUAUUUAUCAAAACAUUUAAUAAAAUAUGUUCUUUUGGUAAAAGUUUGAUCCUUUGGUAAAAAAUGACCACUUGUGUCUAUACAUUGGAUUUUAGCCACAUUUGUGAUUCAUGCAACAUUUAUCCAAGAGGUUAUACCCAUGUAGGAUGUGGACUGUCUGUGGUAAAUAUUCAAGUCGUCUGAGUGUGCAGGAACACUGUGCAGUUUUUUUUUUUUUUUUUUUUUUUUUUUUUUUAUGCAUCAGACUUGAGAUGCUUUAGCUCACUCUUUGUCAGAGCUAAUCUUACUUCUCUUUUGCCUUUUACUUGAACUUCUUGUUUGCUGUUGAAUUUGGCCUUUACAGGCUAUAAAUGGGCAGAAUCAACUAAAUGAUCCCCUGGCCUUCUCUCACUUUCUGGACAUUGACUGGAUUCACUGACUGAAUAAAAAGCAGAUGAAACUGCUUUUCAACUUCCUCUUUUGUGAUCCCACUGAAUAGUUUACUGAAAACAGACACACAUACUUUCCACUGAAAGUAUGAAGUGGGAAACACUGGGUGGACUUGAUGCACUGAGCAUUUCAUAAAGACAUUGUAUUUUUUCCUGUUCAGGUUUUGUUGAAUCACUCAUUCUGGAGAACCUACAGAGAAUCUUUUUUAUGGCUAACACUCACUGCACUGACAAAAAAUAUAACUUUCUAAGCACAAUGUAGGCAUAGUAUAGGACCUGUUUAUGUCCGGUAACACUGGUAGUGGAUGUUUUCGCCUCAUGAGGUUUGAAUUGACUUGAUGAGCUCCAGCACAAUACAGCCAAGUACCGCCAAUGUGCUUCUCUGUCUUUGAUAUUUUGCAAAGUGUAUGACUGUGUGUGUGGUGGAGCAUGGCCGGAUCACCAACCACACAUAGUGGGCAACUGCCUCAGGGCCUGAAUCCCCCACGGGGCCUGAAUCCCCCACGGGGCCCAAAAGCUCUAAAAGUCCAAAUUGAUGCAGCGGUACCAGAGAUAUCAUCUUUUUUUUAUUCUUCCUGGUUAAAACCUGGCACCUACAAUACCCACAAGGCAACUCGACUGCCAAAAGUUCGAUCAGCAAUUCAAGUGUGUUAUGCUAGUAGCAGCUAGUGCUAGGAGCUGCUAGCCUCAAACAGAGAUGAGGAGCAGGCUACAGAGGUCUGGUAAACACUUCUUUCUAAUGCCACACCCCCAGAUUUAUUUCAUUUUCAAACUUAUAGUCUUCAGCACCAACCGAUUCAAGUGACAUCACUUGAGGCAAUUUAUCAGACUUUGCGCAGCUCCCUCUGGAGUCACAAAAGGCUUUAUACAGUACAGUUUUUGUUUUGUUUUUUCACAUAUGCAGUAGUACUCCCCAAGACCUGUAAACAGACUUUGAUGUGUAAAAUCAGGACACUUGCUCUUUAAUUAGUUUAGGUUAUAUUGUGAUCAUAUGUAUUCCUAAAUUAAGUUGUUUUAUCAAAUUACUUCAAAGUAAUUGACACACAGAAACAAUCCAAACCCCGUAGAUGUUCAGUUUAUUAUCAAACAUAGAAAAUAUGCAUUUAUUCACAUUUGUGAAGCCAGAACCAAUGAAUCUUUUGGUGUUUUUGCUUAAAAAAAUGACUCAAACAAUUCAUCAAUCAUAAAACUAGAUGAAUUUUUUGUUAAUGAACUAUUAAUAGACUAAUCGUUCCAUUUCUAGAGUUCUAGUUGGUGUCUGAAGAAAUAAUGAAGCUUCCAGGGGUCACCACGGCCCCCCAGCAGGUUAAUCCGUCCAUGGGUUGAUUAUAUGUGCACAUUUGUGUGUCUUUUGUCACUCAAAGAUGUCCUUUUUACACUACAGAUAGAGAUUGUCAUGUCACUCACAAACAGGUUUUCUAAGGUUGUAUUUUUCCUGUUUUUCGAUGGAUCACUUUCUUGUAUUCAAUCUAAGCUCCUAACACUUGUCCAUGAAGAACUUAUCUUCAAAAGCAAGAUUGUUAUUUACUGUUACACUGUGAUUUCUAGGACUAAGUUUAUGUAAAAAGUUUUUAAUAAAUGAUUUCAUUCAAA